AUGUGGCGCGGCAACCACGACCGCUACACAUACAACCAGAGCACUGUCGCCCGCUGGGGCGAGGGUGAGACGCGGCACAUGUACCACCAGCACUACGCGCACGCCAAAUGCCCGCGCGACUACGGCCGCGGCGGCCGCGAGUUUGCAUACCUCUCCGUCACGCGCGGUCGCCUUGCUCAGCGCCCGCUGCCGCAGGUGCAGUACGUGGCAAAGGGCGCGAAGCCGACGUGGCUGUUCAAGUCGUGGCACACGCCGCUCAGCUCGCCGGUAAUGUGGGAGCGCGAGGUGCAGUACGAUGCCCAUGUGCCGCAGCACACCGGUGCGAAGCGGCCGCUCGCCGUGUUGGCGCCGCGCACGAUGCACCGCUACCUUUUCCUCAUGCAUAUGGAGCGCAUCACCGUCACGGUGUCACCGCUGCUCUUUGGCUACGGUCACACGUUGCAAAAGGCGGUGCUUGACUUCUACCGCCGCGCUAUCAGCGCACGGGCGCCGUUCCCGAAGGAUAAAGUGUUUCUCUUCUACGCCGUCGACCAUGUGACGCCGCGCAUUGAGGUGAAGUGGCUCGACGGCACGACGUACGCCCCUCCGGUGCUGGAAGGGGCAAGUGCGCAGGACCUGAUCCAGAUGGUAAUGGAGGAGGCGUGGCUCGCCGCAGACCGCAUGGGCGCGGAGGGGCGCGUGCUGAACCCCAUCGCGAUCGAUGACUACAAGUGGGAGCAGCUCAUCGUGUUCAAGAAGGUGCGCGACAAGGAGGCGGCAAAGGGUGGGGCAAGGAAGAAGUGA